AGCUGGGGCGAGGGUGCAGCUGCCGUGGGCGUCCGGGGAGAGGGCACCGUCUGGCUGGCCGAUGGGGCGCCGGUGAAUGCGAGCUGCGUGUCCGCUGCGUCCUCUCCAGGGCUGUGUGUGGGCCCGGGCGGCAGGAUGCCCGCCAGCCCCGCGGCGGAGAAGCAGGCGCCCGCGGAGGCCGGGCUGGACCUCGAGCAGAAGCCGUGGCGGUGCCUGGUGUUCUACCUCUGCUUCUAUGGCUUCAUGGCGCAGAUGCGGCCCGGGGAGAGCUUCAUCACGCCCUACCUGCUGGGGCCCAGCAAGAACUUCACGCAGGAGCAGGUCACCAACGAGAUCAUGCCGGUGCUGUCCUACUCGUACAUGCUGGUGCUGGUGCCCAUCUUCCUGCUCACCGACUACCUGCGCUACAAGCCCGUGCUGCUGCUGCAGGGCCUGAGCUACAUUUCCGUGUGGCUGCUGCUGCUGCUGGGCCGCUCGGUGCUGCACAUGCAGCUCAUGGAGUUCUUCUACAGCGUCACCAUGGCAGCGCGCAUCGCCUACUCCUCCUACAUCUUCUCCCUCGUGCGCCCCGCGCGCUACCAGCGCAUGGCCGGCUACUCGCGCGCCGCGGUGCUGCUGGGCGUGUUCACCAGCUCCGUGCUGGGCCAGCUGCUGGUCACCGCGGGCGGGGUCUCCUUCACCACGCUCAACUACGUGUCGCUGGCCUUCCUCACCUUCAGCCUGCUGCUCGCGCUCUUCCUGAAGCGCCCCAAGCGGAGCCUCUUCUUCAACCGAGGCAAGCCCCUGCGUGGGGCGUCGCCCUCGGAACUGGGCCCCAUGCGCCCCGGCCCCGCGCCGCCGCGCGGCAAGCUCCAGGCCGCCUGCAAGGACUUUGUCCUGGCGCGCAUGCUGCGGGAGCUGGGGGCCAGCCUGCGCCUGCCGCAGCUGCGCCUCUGGUCGCUCUGGUGGGUCUUCAACUCGGCCGGCUACUACCUGAUUGUCUACUACGUGCACAUCCUGUGGAACGUGGUGCGCCCGGCCACAGACAGCGCGCGUGUCUACAACGGCGCGGCGGAUGCCGCCUCCACGCUGCUCGGUGCCAUGACGUCCUUCGCCGCCGGCUUCCUGAAGAUCCGCUGGGCGCUGUGGUCCAAGCUGGUCAUCGCGGGCAUCACGGCGAUGCAGGCCGGGCUGGUCUUCCUGCUGUUAAGUUCGCCCAGCAUCUGGCCCUGCUACGCGGCCUUCGUGCUCUUCCGCGGCUUCUACCAGUUCCUCGUGCCCAUCGCCACGUUCCAGAUCGCGUCGUCCCUGUCUAAAGAGCUCUGCGCCCUGGUCUUCGGGGUGAACACGUUCUUCGCCACCAUUCUCAAAACCGUCAUCACCCUCAUCGUUGCAGACAAGCGGGGCCUGGGCCUGGUGGUCCACGCCCAGUUCCAGGUCUACUUCGUGUACUUCCUGGUCCUCUCCGGCCUCUACCUCCUGUGGGCCAUGCUCGACGGCCUGUGGCACUUCCGGCGGGGCCACCAGCCGCUGCCCCUGGCCCAGGAGCUGAGGAGCCCCCUGGAGGAGAAGGCCGCGCAGGGCCCCAGCCUGCAGGACGGCUGCCUCGGUGGCCCGCCACCGCACCCGCACCCGGAGGACAGCGCCUGGGCCUCUGCGCCCACCUCGCAGGGGCAGAGCCCACCGCCCCUGCCCACCCGCCCUACCUGCCCCCCGCGCGCGGGCCGGCUCCUGACGCCGCGGGGAGCCUUCCUGUCUGCGCGCACCCCGACCAAGCCUGGGGCUCUGACCUCCCCACGCGUGGUCCUGGCGUGGACCCGUGACUCUGGGCCCCGGUGCCUUUGCUUGUGA